AUGGAGGUCCUGGCAACAUGGAGACUGUAUCUCUUCGCUGUCAAGGUGCCCACCAAGACGGAGGUCACCUUCAACUUCCUGGAAAUCCGAGCCAUGAACACCUAUCCAGAACACCAGGUUGUCAUCGAUACAGACAAGACCACCUACUCGCUGAAACUCCAGAACCAGGAGCAGCUGAACCACGUGGUCAGCCACAUCAACUACUCCCUCUCCCGAGUCUUCAACAACUCUAUUUACGCCCCUCCAAUCUGUCGUGCAGAAGGAGACGUGACCGAUGGAAGUAUCAAGUUUUCAGCCAACGCCGAAUCGUCAUUGGAUCCCCAGAAAACAUGCGGAGGUUUUUCUGAAACCUAUGCAGCGCUUUGUGACUACAACGGAAUCGGCUGCAAAGAAGAAGUGCAGUGGGAUGUUGACACUAUCUACCACUCUCAGGACAACAGGGAGUUCAACCUAGUGGAUUUCAGCCACCUCGACAGCAGGUCCCUGCUGCACGCCGUCCUGUCAGCAGCAAUGCAGCACUGA